CCUAGCAUGGGCAUAACGUAGGUUACAUAUAAGUUUAUUUAAAAUAACAUUGCUUUCUUAUAAUUGGGUGCGAUCCACUAGACGCUUCAAAUGCUUCAGAGCAUCAUUUUGUCCUUGUUUAACAUUUGAUAAACAACAAGGAUGAAAUGUUUCCAAGAAUUAAGCGUUUGGAGUACCAAAAGUGGCUCGCACUCAAUAUCUAUAAUAUCAGCCUCUGAUAAUAUCUAGCGAUACUUGGUCCGAAAAUAACUUUCUUAUAGCCUAAUGAGUGUAAUUGUAUUCAUUUCUUCAAAAAUGCACUUAUUAAAUACAUAAUUUUCUUCAAUGAAGAUAAUUCAAUUCGAAAUUGAAUUCUCCAUUCCGAUCGACAGGCGUAGAGUCCCUAGACUAUCUAUAGACAGGCGGCGUUUAUGGCGUCUCGUUAGUUUGCGUUAAAAAAUCAAAGUUUCGUGCAUGUGGAUGAUCCAGUUUUUCGUAUUUGUUAUUUAAAACAACAUUUCUUCAUGCACAGCUCGGCUCUACGAAUUUUCAGACGGUUUCACGAACCAAAAUUGCUAGGCACUGCGGCUGAGAUAAGGACUUCUAUAGAUUCACUGUUUAUCAGACACAAAGUACAAACAGCAAUGUUGGAUGACGAAAAGUUAAGAGAUUUGGAUAUUCCGGCGCAAGAAGAAGUUAAUCCCCUAUCAUGGUUGCACACUGUGGCUCCUGCUUUUCCAGUGAAUGGCUCAAAAAUCACUAUAAUCCACAAGCCACGGGUGUUUUAUAGCACUUUGUUAGAAAAAUGCAGACGUGCCAAGAAGAGAAUCACGUUUGCCUCUCUGUACUUGGGUACUGGCACCUUAGAGACUGAGCUGGUAAACGUGAUAGAACAAGCAAUGAGCACGAAUGGCGGCAAUGUGCAAGUGCGGAUCCUGCUGGACUAUAUGAGAGCUUCCCGGGGCAAGCAGAAUUCCCGAAAGAUGCUGCAGCCGUUGCUUAAAGGCAAAUGUAGAGAUCAUUGCAAGAUCUUCCUCUAUCACACGCCGAAAUUACGCGGCGUGAUGAAAGCAGCAAUUCCGGAUCGCUUUAAUGAGCUCAUCGGUUUGCAACAUAUGAAGCUAUAUAUGAUCGACAAUGACUUGAUCAUUAGCGGAGCGAACCUCAGCAAUGAUUACUUCAUAAACCGACAGGAUCGGUACUUCGUUAUAGAAGAUUGCGAGGAACUUUGCGAUUUCUAUAAUAAAUUGAUUGAGAAAGUGAUGGAAUUUAGCUUCUUAUUACAACCAGAUGGCAAUACGAGCUUAAAUCCUGCUGUGAAUUGCCAUCCUUAUAAAGGAUCUGGGAAAGUCUUUACCCAAGAAGCAGCAUCCAAGAUACAAACAUUCUUACAGAAUGAAAUAAAAAAGAAUGCUGAUCUCGACAAAAAUGCAGACACGUGGAUAUUUCCGUUAGUACAAAUGGGUCAACUGAAUAUUUAUCACGAUAGCGAAGUAACAUUGAAACUCUUACAAACUGCUCCAGCGGGAGCCACACUCAAACUCGGAACCGGUUAUUUCAAUCUGACUUUUGACUACAGUCAAGCUGUGCUUAGAGAUUGUCGAGCAACGUGUCACUUCUUGACAGCACAUCCCACUACCAAUGGCUUCUUUAAUGCCAAAGGAAUUGCCGGAGAAAUACCAACAGCGUAUACCAGAAUAGAAGAAUCCUUUUACAAUUUAUGUGAGAGAAUGAAUCAGCAAAAGAGGGUAACAUUAUGGGAAUUUGCUAAACCAGGUUGGACAUAUCAUGCCAAAGGUCUCUGGUACACUUUGCCAAAUCAGCAAAAGCCUUCGUUGACUCUCAUAGGCUCGCCAAACUUUGGUUAUAGAUCGGUGAACAGGGAUCUCGAAACACAAAUAGCUGUAGUGACAAGAAAUAAAAAGUUACAAAAUGCAUUGCACGAGGAGCAGGCACGAUUGUUUUCCUGUGCUAAACCUGUUACGAGGAAGACUUUCUCGCAACAAGAUAGAAUACCAUCGGCUUGGGUAUGCGCGGUUGUACUCUUCUUUCGCUAUUAUUUUUGAAACCGAAACAUGAAAAGGCAAAUCUCAUAUUCUAAACUUAUUUAAUUUUAACUGUAACAUAUUGUACAGUAAGUACAGGAUAAUUGAUCCACAAAUAUAAAACCGUUCCCAAUGAA